AUGCAUAUCUCAGGGGAGGAGUGGUGCCGACCCCACAAAUAUGCACAACUCCUGCGACCCUCAUUUUCUCGCCCAACAACGACCACCAAGAGUUAUCGCCAUCGGGAAGCGGCUUCGCAGCACCACCACGUCGGCGCAAAGCAAGCAUACCAGAGUCGACAACAACGCCCGCCAAUUGCCGAGGCCAGCUGUUGUUGCCGAAACACGGCACUGCGGACUCACCAACAGCUCCCCACCAGGAAAACAGAAGAAACGAAAAACAGCCAACACAAUGUCGUCCGUUCACCACAAGCCGUUCCGCCUCCCUCCAGUCAAGACGCUGCGCGUCCACGCCCCGAAUGGCACCAGAGAGCGGCCCUGCGUGACCAUCAUGUCUUCAGUCCUCGCAUGCUGGGCGUCAGCAGGAUACAGCACAUCGGCGUGCGCGCAGGUCGAGCAGGCCCUGCGCGCGUGCAUGGACCAGCCCAGCGCCGGCAAGCCCCGGAGGAGCGAGGUCAACUACCACCUGUCGCGGUUCCAGGACCGCGUGUCGCAGCCCGCGUCCAAGGCGAACAAGAAGAAGAACAAAUAAGCAAAUAUCCGAC